AAGGAAUGGUAUUUCCUCUUUGUUGUGAUUUCAGUCAUGUGACUCGUUCAGCUCUAACAGCUCAUCUGAGUUCAGAUAGCUCCGGGGGAAGAAACACAUUUCCAGGCAAGUCCUCACCUGUGUGGAAUUCUCUUUCACUUUAGUUUUGUCUUGUUAAAUGUGCCGUGGUUUACGCCAGAACAAAAGAUUCAUGCUGAACUUUUACCAUGUUUUACCGGUUGAACCAUCUGCUGCUGCUGCUUCAUUGCCUCCUUUAUCACAGUGGAAACACAUCUAACCCUGUGUCAGGAGAAAAGAGAGGAAACAUCAGACUCAGAUGUGAACAUGAGGACAAUAAUAUUGUUCACAUUGAUUUAUUCAGGCUGUCAGAAGAUAUAGAUGUGUGUGAGACUGAAGAAUGUAGAGGACGAGUAUUUAAAGAAGGAAACUGUGACGUCGUCAUCAAGAAUCUGAUCUUCAGUGACGCUGGGAAAUACACUUUGAGAAUAUAUUACAAUAAUGAUCAGACAGAGCUGAAGCUACUAAUCAGGACGUAUCAACUUCAUAGUUAUGAUGAGAUUUCUGGGAAAAUAGGAAAGCCACUAAAGAUGUCUGUUCUGGUGUCUGAUGCUGAUAAAGUGGAGACAAACUCUAGUGGAGAGUGGAAGGAGGUUUGGACGAGAGAUCACGGGGUUCAGAGCGACCGAAUGAAUGAAACUGAUGGAAACCUGAUAAUUAAAUCAUUUCUGGACAGAGAUGCAGGAACAUACAGAGUUCUGGACGCUGAAGGAGAAAUCUUGAUCACAGUCACAAUCAAAAUAACAGCAUCCUCUACAGAAUCAGAUACAGAAUCACUGGAAAAACACACCAACACAGAUAUAGACAAAACAAAGGACACUGGACAACACAAGAACUGGAUUGUGUCAGUUGUCGUGUGUUUGCUGAUUCUGGCUGUGAUUGUGAUUUCUGUCUUCAUAUGGAGACGUCAGCACAGAGAUCACACACAGGUUCCAGCAGAUCCCCCACAGGAACUGGAGGAACUAUAAUGAUCGGAUUGAACUGCACAUAGGCCUUGAACACCUGGUCUUUCUGUAACAGAAGUGCCAAAAGAGGUUGAUGUCAUAGAUGGAGUGACUAUGAAAGAGAGGGCGUUGAUGUUUGGUGGUGUUGUUCUGGCGAUUGCUGUGUUUUUUCUGGCUACAGUCAUUGCAGGUUUUAUCAUUCACCAUCACGCCUGGCAGAAAGGAUGGAGCGCAGCCAAACGCUCAUCUCUGAUUCGUCACAAUUCAGCUAAAUGACACAUUUGUAUGCUUUAUUUUCCUGUCUGAGCUUUGCACUGCAAGCUAAACCAGAAAUACUAUACUACAAACUAAAAUAAAUGUCUAAAUGCUU